AUGUUUCUGCUCAGGUGUCUAGAAGCGCCCACGCGGCGUUUCCCGACAUGUAUGUCGUUCUUGGGCACCCGCACGCUAUCAACAUCUGCGUCUUUUUGGCAACAAGAGGCCAAAGUCUCUCCGACCCCUGUCACUGCGCAGAUGCUAAAGAUCAUUCCUAAUGAAACAGAUCUAGUCGCUCUGGAAAAGCAGGACGCACUCAUCAAACGCAGACGGAAGCUGUCUAAGGAAAUCACAAAACUCAAGAAGCUGAAACCUGUGUCCCCGGGUCUCCGUUGGUACAGAGCGCCAAUUUACCCAUACUUGCAUACCGGCAGACCUGUGCGUGCCCUGACUGUGGCCAAGCGGUCCAAUGGUGGGCGUAACCAUAGUGGUAAGAUUACUGUGCGUCACCGUGGUGGCGGCCACAAGCGGAGAAUCCGUAUGGUGGACUUCACACGUUUUACGCCUGGCGAGCAGGUUGUGCAGAGAAUUGAGUACGACCCCGGGAGAUCUGCCCACAUUGCUCUUCUCAAGCACUCAGCUACUGGUGAACUCAGCUACAUUCUGGCCUGUGAUGGUUUGAGAGCUGGCGACAGCGUCGAAUCAUACAGAAAGGGUGUGCCAGAAAACCUUCUUCAGGAGAUGGGGGGAAAAAUCGACCCUGCCAUUUUGAGUGUCCGUACUGCUCAAAGGGGCAACUGUUUGCCUAUUUCCAUGAUUCCGGUCGGCGCCAUUAUUCACAACGUCGGAAUUACCCCAGUUGGUCCUGGAAAGUUCUGUCGUGCCGCCGGCGCUUAUGCUCGUGUUAUCGCUAAGCUCCAGGACAAAAACAGAGCUAUUAUCAGACUACAAAGUGGUGAACAGCGUUAUGUCGCCCUUGAAGCGUGUGCAACCCUGGGCGUGGUCUCAAACAUUGACCACCAAAAUCUCUCUCUAGGUAAAGCCGGGAGAUCCAGAUGGAGAGGCAUUAGGCCUACAGUCAGAGGUGUGGCUAUGAACAAAUGCGAUCACCCUCACGGUGGUGGUAGAGGUAAGUCCAAGUCUAAGAAGCUAUCAGUCUCGCCUUGGGGCCAACUAGCUAAGGGUUACAAGACUAGAAGAGGCAAGCAUCAAAACAGGAUGAAGGUCAAAGACAGACCUAGAGGCAAAACCGGAAAGGCCCUCAGACAGUAA